AUGACCCCUGCACAACGAGCCGCUCAGAUAGUGAAAGCUCGUGAUAAAGAGAUGUGGUCAUUGUGGUUGUCUCAAAGUAAUAAGAGCGAGGCACAAGCCUCUAAAGCACAUAGCCCAGGAGCACCGCAGCCUUUCCAACCAUUGGGUCCGCUACUCGGAGAUACACAUCACUUGCAGUUUUAUCGUCAAUUAUUGGUUUCUCUUCUUCCAGAAAACACUUGGCACAAGCUUACACAACAUAUUGCUACCAAGUUUUCAGAUAAAAUAACACUGGACAAUACUCUGUUGGAAAAGAUUAACGGGCAGGCUGAGUUAUCAAGCAAUGAUUAUAUCACAGCCCUGAAGUCCGCCCUGCUUCAGCUUCCAUUUCAGGAUCUGAAGUUGUCUGUAUGCAACAACCGGAAUGCAUUUGGUGGAACAGAAUAUCGAGUGAUAGAAAAAAUCCUAGACGCCUGGAUGUUAGGAACGGGGAACCGUCAGCCGCAGCCAGGCUGGUUUUCGGGCUCCCGACAGUGCAAGGAUGCUGGUGGAACUAACACUGAAAAAUCUUGUUCUUAUAGUAUCGACGCAGUUGCCGCAGUCCAACACACGAAGCUUUCUCCGGCAUCCACCUUACGGCCUAAAAAGCCCACAGGCGGAAUUGAAAAACGGCGGAGAGGCAGGCCUUCCGGCUCCGGUGCUCUAUGGAGAAAGGGCCCUGGAAAAAUAGAACCCGAAGACAAGAAUCGUGUUCACGGUACAUAUGCAGAGCUUCUUCGGCAAUCCGUCUCCUCCGAAGACAUUAGCCCGAGUCGUGAGAAGAAAUUCUCUCCGUCUGGAGCUGGAUUCUUCAGCCGUCGGCUUAACGAAGAUCAGGGUCCGACUGGCGAGAAGAAGCGCAGGAGAAGUACUCUCACUAAAGCGGCGAGUUUCUUUAUCAACGCGAAAAACUCCCUUACCCUGAACGGCACGCAGGAAACCCCUUCUAUCAGCACCAGCCUGCGGUCCCGGAAGAAGCCCACUACUGGGGAAGAUGGACCCGGCCCUGAAUGUCUCUCAAGGGUCAUUCAAUAA